AUGUCAUCACAACUCACAAAAGUACCCAAAACUCGUGUUCGCGUUGUAGAAGGCUCUUGCUGGCCCUGCAAAAAACGUCGUAUCAAAUGCGAUCUUGCAAAACCUAGUUGUUCACGCUGUGCAAAAGUCGGAGCGGCAUGUGACUACAACCAACGCCUAAUCCGAUGGAGCACGAGACCUGCUGUUACUGUACCGGCUAUCUAUCAAAUCACCACCCACGAUGAACAACUCGCUGCUUCAUUAGCAGUUUACGAAAAACGAUCACUGGAUUACUUUCAUGGAAGGUUCUGGCCUUUACUUACUACUUCGUCGAAACCCUGCGCGCCGCCGACUAUGAUUGCGCUGCAGCAUCGUGUUGUGCUGCUUGCGACGUGUGUUCUUGCGGAUUCGCAUCGAUGGUUGCAGGAUGGGAGGAAUAGUCGGAGUAUCCUGAAUGUCAAACGGGCGGAAUGCUUGGCCGCAUUAAGGGAAGAGGUAGAUGGAUGCUGUUCGAAAGACGAUGGACCUUUGCAGACGCUACUUUUUGCAGUGCUGCUACUUUACUUCCACGAUGGGUUUCUGGAGUGUGCGCAGACCUCGGCAUCGACGUCAAGUCAUAGAGAUGGUGUGCUGGCUAUUAUCAACCAAUUAGGUGGAAUGACGAAGGUUUUGGCCUCGGGACAGGAUCCUUUGCAUAUGAUGCUUUCGGAAUUCGCGACGACGGACCUCACGAGAGCGAUGCUCACGGGCCAAGCACCAUCUUUUCCUCCGACGAUUUGGGAAGUGGUGGAUCGAGGGCCAGUCUGGUGGGGACGAGAUACCCAAGGAUACUGCUCGUUAUCAACAGUAUUCCAAGAAAUAUCCGCCAUGGCAUUUUACAUCCAGUCAACAUCCCGGAUGGUUGAAGAAUUCUCCAUUGAGCGUAUUCGAGUUUUCGAAGCCGCCUUACGUCCAACAUACGCCUCUCUCGCUGUCGAAGAUCUUUCUUCACCGCGAGCUUCCCCAAUCGACCACCCGCCCAUCGAAUGCGACACCGAAUCUGCCCAAGCAUUCAGCCUCGUCCGGAUCUUUCAACACGCGGCACUAAUCUAUCUCUACCGUGCAGUCUGCGGUCUACCCGCCAACCAUCCUCUCGUUCAACAACACACACAAUCGUGUCUCGACUGCAUCUUCAGCAUCCAAAAGCCGUCCAAGAUCCUCAACUGUGCUGUUCUACCGCUUUGUAUCGCUGGGGCGCACUCGCAGUGUGCGAAACAGCAGAAGUCUGUACGGGCGCUCGCGGGGUUUAUUUAUGAUGAGAUUCGGUUCGCGAGUGUGAAUUCUGUUAUUGCGGUUCUGGAGGAUAUUUGGAAGAGGAUUGGAGACGAUGAAGAGAUGACGUGGAAUGAGAUGUUUAUUAAUUUGAAUGGUCAGGCACUUGUGUUGUAG